GCGGCGCAUACGCGCCGCUUAUAUAGUAGUUGCAAUCAGUUGCAAUAUCUGCAUGACUCCGAUGUCUUUACUCUGGCGAAGAUAACCUCUUCAAACACAACACGAAUCUAAAAAGAAUACAUUUAUCCAAGUGUGCCCGGUUUCUGGAAGGACUUAAUCACUUCUUCCAGUUUUAUUUACUCGAUAAGAGAUACGGGCACUUUUUGCAUUUUGUCUCCUUGAAGAGAAUUAUUGCUUGCCACUUCGCUAUUGCGACAUGACGUCUCUUGUCAGCGAGGGAAACCAGGAGGUUCUCGUUGUGUCAGGGAACGACGUGCCUUCAGACGACACGGCAGAUUUUAUUUCCACGCUCAAGCAACGCGUCGGAGAUUCCGGCAAAUUGCAAAUUGCGAGUUUGUCGGACGUAAAGAAGGAAAGUUACCGUGCAUCGAUCUUUAAUGUCAUCAUUGCCAUUUUUAAACAACCAUGCAUGAACGAGGACUUCUUAACGGAAGCAUUGAGAAUUCUGAAACCCGAUGGCUCGCUUGUCAUUUACGAACCACUGUCAGCAGAUAGAAAGCCAGACACAGCACUUACGUAUCCCGAUAGAAUAUCUAGAUUAAAAUUAUCUGGCUUCAAAGUAAAGGAUACAGAGCCGAUAAACUUGGAUGCAGAUCCAGAGAGUAAAAAUCUGCUGCUAAAAGUAUAUAGCAAUAUAAAAGAUGUUUACAAAGUAUCGGCGAAUAAACCAUCAUUUGAGGUGGGUUCCAGUAUUCCCCUUUCAUUUGCAAAAAAGCAGACUACAAAUGUAUGGAAAUUAGAUGACCCAGUAGAGGAAGACUUAAUAGACGAAGAUGAACUUUUAGACGAAUCAGACCUUGUAAAGCCGGAUGCGUCAUCCUUAAGAGUUUGUUCAACAACGGGCAAGCGGAAGGCAUGCAAGGACUGUUCAUGCGGACUCGCAGAGGAAUUAAGUGGUAAAGCUGCCCCGGAAAGCACUGUUAAAUCUUCUUGUGGAAAUUGUUAUCUGGGAGAUGCAUUCAGAUGUGCCAGUUGUCCUUAUCUUGGCAUGCCUGCCUUCAAACCCGGGGAAAAAGUGCUUUUGCCCGAAACUCAGCUAACUGUCGAUUCCUAAGAGUUUGUCGUUUUUUUUUUAAGUCGGAAUAUAAUUGUAAUAAAUGCGUAUUAUUUUUAUUUGUGCAAAUAAUUGCUCUGUUUUUGUUUUCUGUAUGAUUCUAUUUUAUUAAUUCUAUUUCAAAUAUUCUUCUAUACGAUAUUAAUGUACAAAAUCGAUAAAAAUAAUGGUUCCUUAAAUAAAAAGUACUUAAACUAUA